AUGGCUCCGAAAGGACCGACACCUGAAAAAGCGCGAAUGGGUCUUCCGGAUCGGUGGCUGCAUUGUCCGAAAACCGGAACGGUUUGUGGAAUAGUGUUUUAUACGUUUUCUUGCAUUUUUCGGUUUUCAGCUCGUUCAAGACCUUUUUUUCCCGUUUAAAACGCCGCUGUGCGCAAUGUACGAUCAGCAGAUCAGCGAGCGACGUCUUCAGUUUCAUCCAGCCGAUGUGUUCUCGAAUCCGAACCUUCAAGGUCGCAAACUAGGUCUCUGGAUCGAUCUCACAAACACCGAUCGAUAUUAUUUCCGCGAAGAAGUGCGUGCGAAUACAUUUAAACAGACGGGGAAUUCUGAUUUUAUUCAGGUUACCGAGAAAGGGUGCAUUUAUCGAAAAAUGGCAAUGGCCGGCCGCGGAAUGUCGCCCACCGAAGAAGAGACUCAGCAGUUCAUCGAGUUGUGCAAAGAGUUCCGAGAGAAGAACCCAGAUCAAGUGAUCGGAGUGCACUGCACCCACGGAUUCAACAGAACCGGAUUCCUGAUUGCCGCCUAUCUGUUUCAAGAAGAAGUAUGGACAUUCCAACUAAGAAGUGUGUAUCGUUAAAAAGCAUUGUUUAGGGGUACGGGCUAGACGCAGCGAUCGUGUCUGUUCAAGAAAACCGACAGGGAGGAAUCUACAAACAAGACUACAUCGACGAUUUGUACGCGCGGUUCGAUCCGACCGACGACAAUCCGGUGGCGGCUCCGGAUAAGCCCGACUGGGAAAGGGAGUACGCACUCGGAGGCGGCGCGGCAGCACAAGCGAUCGAGAGACCGUCCACGAGCACGCCGACUCCUACGAACGGUCAGUUUGGUUCGGCUGAAAAGCAUAAGCGUUCAAAGUUACAGGAACGAAUGGAAACGGACACUCGCGGGACGGUAAGAAAUCUGCAGCCGGUGCGAAACAGUUCAUGGACGGAUUGGUUUCGGAAGUUCGAUUGUGUGAAGACGAAGGAAAGAAGAGCAUGCUUCGGGCAAAGGUUCUCAUUUCACAGUUCACCGAUCCGUCGAUUUCAUCAGAAUUUUCAGAUCCAACAACUGUGCAAGUACACAAAAUCCGGUUUUCCGGGACUCCAGCCGGUGUCUCUCAGCAGGAAAAACAUUGCUCUUCUGGAGAAUGAACCUUAUAUGGUCUCGUGGAAAGCCGAUGGAAUGAGGUUGCAAUUGAAACAUGAAAAUGUUUAUUUUUCCUUUAUUCUUUUUCAGAUACAUCGUUUACAUCAACAACGGUGAAGUAUACGCUUUCGACCGAGACAACGAGGUGUUCGAACUGGAGAACUUGGACUUUGUGAUGAAGAACGGAAGUCCGUUGAUGGACACUCUCGUGGAUACGGAAGUGAUCAUUGAUAAGGUUGGUUUGUUUCUCAAAUACAUUUUACAGUUAUUUUGCACUUUUCAGGCGGAAGUUCGAGGAGAAAUGGUCGAUCGGGCGAGAAUGUUGAUCUACGAUAUUAUGAGAUUCAAUGUAGACGCAUUAGAAAAUUCAAAAUGUGAAUUUGUUUUUUCAGAACUUCAAUGUGAUGAAGGAAAGAUUCGACAAAAGGUUCGAAAUUAUCAAAACAGAAAUCAUUGAUCCCCGCAACGAGGCGUUCAAAUCUGGCCGUCUCCGUGCUGAGAAUCAGAUAAUGUCGGUGCGAAGAAAGGACUUCUGGCUGGUUGCAUCCACUUACAAAUUGUUCGAGCCUCAGUUCGUGCAGAAUGUCGGCCACGAAAUCGACGGUCUCAUUUUCCAGCCGAAAAGAAGAGUGAGCCAGAGGUUCCGGAGCCCUGAACAUCACUGAUCUAUUUUUUCAGCCGUACGAGCCGGGAAGAUGUGAUACAGUACUCAAAUGGAAGCCGCCGUCCCACAAUUCCGUCGAUUUCCUGUUGAAAAUCACAAAGUUCGUUUCCGAAACCCAAACCUCAGCUUCCCAUGAAACUAUUUCAACAGAGUGUGCCAGCAGGGAAUGCUUCCCGAAUGGAGGGGCCUUUUGUUCGUUCAAAACUCUCGCGAACCGUUCGCUUCGAUGAAAGCGACUGCCACGUUGAAACAAUACGACCAGAAGAUUAUCGAGUGCACGCUCGAAGUGGAUGCUAAUGGAAGAGUGAGCGGGAAAUGUGCAUUGAUAUGCAAAAAAUAAUGAUUUUCAGCCGAGAGAGUGGAAAUUUAUGCGAGAACGUACCGACAAAUCUCUGCCAAACGGACAUCGAACUGCCAGUAAUGUGCUCGAAACGAUGACGAAUCCAGUGACCGAAAAGGACUUGCUUGAGUACGUUCUGUGUUUCCUGUUGAAAAAAAAUUGUUCAAAAAAGCGAUUCUGAUCAAAUUGUUUUCGAAACAAUUUCUCGAUAAAAAAUGUUUUUUAAUUUCUAAAAAUUGUUUUCAAAGUUUAUCGAUAUGAAAGACUGAGUAAGUUUUGUAAUUUGUUUCAUUACAUUGCAUCGGCAUAAAUAUUAUUUAUUCAGAUACAUCCAGCACUGCCUCCGAGUGCAAGCCCGCAACCAACAUCACCAACAGAUGCAGAUGCAGAAUGGAGGGCCUCCCGACGCGAAACGACCUAGAGUCCAAUAG